AAUCUAUUUAACAAGAUUUAAAACAAUAAAAUGACACAAACGACUGGAUAAGAAAGCAUAUUGACCAAAGUAAUGUUUCUAAUUUUAUUGACCAGAAGUAAAAGUACAUUGAAUCAGGGACAUUGCUAAAAGAAUUAAAGUUUCUCAGUAGUUUACAAAUAAUUGUUGAGGGAAGAAGUUAAAAAGAUGUGCUGAUCUGUUUUCAUUCAUUAGUCAGCUCUAAACUGAAAGGAACUCCAUUGAGAUAUAGACAACCAGAUCUGAAUUGGUGAAAAUGGCAACAAAUAAAGACGAUUAUUCAGACAAUCUAGCUAAUUUAGAUUUCAAGUCAAAAAUGAAGCUUUUUCAAAGUCAAAAUAAGACAAAACAGUCUUCAGAAGCAGUAUCGGAGACUUCCACGAGAGAACGACCUCAAACAAAAUCAGUUUCAACUGUGUCGCAGGAAUCUCCGAACACACAAACAGACAAAUCUAUCAGGUCUUCACCACUACAAGAGCCACCAAGUGGAAAUAAUGAAAGACCAUCGAAUGCAUCCAGUCCUGGGAAUGUUGGUUUCCACUGGCCCAUUGGAGCCUCUGUGACAAAAACUACAUUGAUAUAUGCAAGGCAAUUUCCGCCGCCUGAAUCGUCAAAAGGAGAAUCUGCAGAAUUAAAAUCGCCUUCCGAUGAGCCAAGGUCUUUGCCAUUGCAAAAACCGCCAAAAGGAAAUGAUGAACGGCCAUCGAAUGAAUCAAGGUCUUCAACAUUGCAAGAACCACCGAAAGGAAAUGAAAGAGGAUCUUCGAAUGAAUCAAGAUCAAAUAAAACUUUUGAAGAAGAAUUACAGGAAAAAAUAAAAGAAGUUUCUUCUAGAAAAAACCGCGGUUGGUCUCCAGAAGAUAUGGAGGUAUUCAAGCAUCCUAUGUGCUUGAUCAGUGCUGAAAAUGUAAAGAAUGAACACGGUGAAGAAGAUAAAAUCAUGUUAAAGAGUGAACAAGAAGUAUUCAAACAAAUAGAACAGAUAGAAAUGCCAAUGGUUAUUGUGGCCGUGGUAGGUCUAUACAGAACUGGCAAAUCUUAUCUGAUGAAUCGUUUAGCAGAAUCAACAAAAGGUUUUGCUUUGGGUGACACGAUUCAAUCGAAAACCAAAGGUAUUUGGGUAUGGUGUAAAAUGCAUCCAGAAAUGUCGGAUACAGUUUUGCUGCUUCUUGAUACCGAGGGUCUUGGUGAUGUUGAAAAGGGCGACACAAGUCAUGACAACAAGAUAUUUACAUUAGCGACACUCUUGUGCAACUGCCUUGUUUAUAAUAUGAAGGGAGCAUUCGAUAACGACGCUGUCUCUAAACUCACAUUUGUAACAGAAAUGGCAAAGAAUAUCAGGUUUCGUGGUGAAUCAUCAGAAGAUAACAAAACAUUGAAUUUGAUACUGCCAGAUUUCGUACUUUGUUUGAGAGAUUUUAGUCUAAAGCUGAUCAUAGACGAGAAGAUGGUAUCAGCAAAUGAAUAUCUUGAGUUCACUUUAGCUGAAAACAAAAGCAAAGCGGCAAACUUCAAUAAACCAAGAGAAUGCAUCAGGAAAUUUUUUCAGAAACGUAUGUGCUUUGCAUUCCCUGUGCCAGGUGAUGGUGAUGUCCUUGAGAACCUGGAAACCCUCGGCUUUGAUGAUUUAUCUGCCAAGUUUAGAAUUGCGACUACCAACUUUGUAUCGCACAUUUACAGCAUACCACCAAAAGACUUGCUAGCAAGUAAACCAGUAACUGGUCCAAUGUUUGUAACAUUGGUAGACCGUUACGUAACAGCAAUCAAACAUGGCGCUGUUCCAGAUGUUGAUGAUGCAUUUGAAGCCGUAGCAAAAAUUGAAAAUGCUAAAAUUGAAAAAGAGGCUAUUGAAAUUUUCGAACAUCAAAUAGAAGGGGUCAAUCUUCCCGUAACUUCAGAAAUAUUGGGGAACUUCUACACAGAAGCACAGCAGAAUGCGCUUAACUACCUUCGGAAGAAUGUUGUUCAUGAUAAGAAAAACGAUUGUGAAAAUAAAGCUCAGAUGAAAAUGGACAACAUUUGGAAUAAGAUCAGAGAAUCGAAUAAUGAAAAGGUUCGUGAAUUAUGCGACCAGAAAUUGCAAGAAGCAUUUGCAAAGUAUCUUAAAGAAAAUUUUGAAAAUAAGGAAUAUGAAGCCCCCGGUGGAUAUCGGAAAUAUCAACGUGACAUUGCCAGGUUAAAGGAAGAUUUUGAAAGUGAUCUUCGGGAUUUCAAGGAACACGAGAUCAUGUGGACAUGGCAUGGAUUUGUUAAAGAAAUGAAAGAAAUAGAAGCCAAAAUAGUUCAAGCUGACGAAGAAUUGUCAUUGAAAGAAAAAGAAGAUGAGCAAAGACGAAACCAGGAAAGUAUAGAUAAAUUAUUAAAGGAGCAUCAAAAGGCGCAACAUGAAGCACUUGAACAACAGAAAAAAGACCUAGAGAGUCAUUACAACAAACUUGAAAAAGACCGCCUUGAUCAGUUACAAAUUGAAAGGCAGAGAUACGAAGCAUUGCUACAAGAAAAAGUUGAAAAAGAAGCAGCACAAAGAGAAGUUGAAAGAAUGAAAAGAGAACAAGAAGAAAGAAUGGCAGAGAUGAAAAAAGAAAAGGAAAUAGCUAGAUUAAAAGCUAUAGAAGAUGCUGAAAAUGAAGCUAAAAGGUUAAUUGAAGAAAAAGAAAAAGAAAGACAAAGUCAGUAUAUGCAUACAAGAAUGUGGAAUGCUUUUUGGAACAUGUAAUCAUACUAAUCAUUGACACUUUGAAUGAUAUACAAUUUUAAAGACAAUUAUCUGAAUGUUUUGUACAGAAGAGAACAUUUUAUUU